CCGGAGAAACAUGGAGGACACCGCUGGCAGUAAUCCCCAAUCUCUCGGAUUCACAGAGAAAUUAAAGUCUUGGCUGUCCUGGUCAUGGACCUACGUGUGCUUCAUUUGGUUCGGCAUGGUGCUCAUCAUGAUCUACGUCCUGUGGAGCCCGCUGAAACUGCAGGAAACUCUUACCUCAGCCUCAGUGUUUCUGAACACACUCACCCCCAAGUUCUAUGUGGCCCUCACUGGGACCUCCUCUCUCAUCUCUGGACUCAUCCUUAUAUUUGAGUGGUGGUAUUUCCGUAAGUAUGGGACCUCGUUCAUUGAACAAGUGUCAGUGAGCCACCUGCGUCCUCUCCUGGGUGGAGUGGAGAGCAGCUCCACGACUGGGCUGUUCGCAUCUGUGAACGGAGAGGCAGAGCCCAGGCCCAGUGUCUCAGAGUGUAAGGUCUGGAGGAAUCCUUUGAAUCUGUUCAGAGGAGCAGAAUACAACAGGUACACCUGGGUGACAGGGAAGGAACCCUUAACAUACUAUGAUAUGAACCUGUCGGCCCAAGACCACCAGACCUUCUUCACAGGAGACACUCCGCAGUUAAGACCUGAAGAUGCUGUGAUGCAGAAAGCCUGGAGAGAGAGAAAUCCUCAAGCCAGGAUCAGAGCAGCUUACCAGGCCAUAGAAAUGAACCAUGAAUGUGCUGCAGCCUAUGUGCUCCUAGCAGAGGAAGAAGCCACAACCAUCACAGAAGCUGAACGCCUUUUCAAAAAAGCACUAAGUAUUGCUGGAAAAGAUAUCAACUUACUGGUGUACAUUAAACGCAGACUGGCAAUGUGUGCACGCAAACUGGGACGGAUUAAAGAAGCAGUGAAAAUGAUGAGAGAUUUAAUGAAGGAGUUUCCACUGUUGGGAAUGUUAAAUAUACACGAAAACCUCUUGGAGGCACUUCUAGAGCUUCAGGCAUAUGCUGAUGUACAAGCAGUCCUCGCCAAAUAUGAUGACAUCAGUUUGCCAAAAUCAGCCACUAUAUGCUACACAUCUGCACUGUUGAAAGCACGGGCUGUAUCAGAUAAGUUCUCUCCAGAGGCCGCGUCACGGCGAGGGCUAAGCACAGCAGAGAUGAAUGCUGUGGAGGCCAUACACAGAGCUGUUGAGUUCAAUCCACACGUGCCAAAGUACUUAUUAGAGAUGAAGAGCCUGAUCCUCCCUCCAGAGCACAUCUUGAAGAGAGGUGACAGCGAGGCAGUGGCAUAUGCUUUCUUCCACCUGCAACACUGGAAGAGGGCAGAGGGAGCCUUAAACCUACUACACUGCACCUGGGAGGGCACCUUCAGGAUAAUUCCCUACCCACUGGAGAAGGGUCACCUGUUUUACCCUUACCCAGGAUGCACAGAAACAGCAGACAGGGAGCUGCUGCCCUCGUUCCACGAGGUGUCUGUGUACCCAAAGAAAGAGCUUCCCUUCUUCAUCCUCUUCACAGCAGGCCUUUGCUCCUUCACUGCCAUGCUGGCCAUGCUCACACAUCAGUUCCCCGAGCUCAUGGGUGUCUUUGCCAAAGCAUUCUUCAGCACACUCUUUGCACCCCUGGGUUUCUUCGCAGACAAGAUGGAAAGCUUCAUGCCGUCCAGUUUUUGGCACCAGCUGACUCGGAUCUGACCCCAUCUUACACACACACACACACACACACACACACACACACACACAUACACACACACACACACACUCACACAACACACACAGAGACACACACAUACACACAUACCAAUACCACGCCAAACCCUCAGACAAAAAGUGUUUGCUCUCCUGUCUUCAGCAUUACUGUCCACUUGCUGCAUUGUUACUGAUUAUGUUGGCUGAGGUUGUAUCAACAUGGCAAUACCACUCUGAAGAUGCUCUCCCACACUGUUCCUCCAGCAGCCACGUUUUUUUUGUUUUUUUUUUUCCAAAAGCACAUUUAGUGCAACGAUUACACAGGGGUCGUUCAUUUGUCAUUAUGUUAGCACUGGGCAAAUGGAAGUUUUUAAGUAUCCCACAAAGACUGGCUGCAGAUUUUUGGUGCAGAAAUCAAAUUAGGAAUUCGUCAGAGGCAAAUUAAACCACAAAAAAGCUAAAACUGUUUUUAAUGCUCCUCAAAAUACUGACUAGUCAGGUGAGUUUGUUUAAACCAGUAUGAUUCUGGCACAAGAAACAGGAACAAGAAACAAUAUGUGCACUGAGGAUGUCUCUUGUAGAGUAUAUUAUUUACAAACAUCAAAAAAGAUCCCAUUGGGUAUUUGGGAUGGGAACCUGUGUGUCCUAUGUCAACCCUCAGUGCCCAGAUUUAAACGUCUGUAAGACCUCCCUAAAAACAGAGCUGUGAUUUACAGCCUUGAAGUGCCUGCAGUGUAUACAACGCCUCUGCAGUUCAACAGUUGUUACCAUGGCAUGACACCUCAGCACUACAUCACUGGGGCAACCGCCACCCCCGCAACAUCGAAAUGUAAAUGGGAUCAUUACAAGUCACAGUUAGGCCUCUCGUGGCAUCACUCAUUUCUGCUGAUUGCUCUGCAGAGUGUGAUAAGUCAGCGCGUUAGUCAACUUCUCUUGUCACCAAACAAACAUAAAAGAGGCAGACGUUGCGGUAGUCAUACUGAGAAUAAUCUGGCACAGGAAAUGUAACUAAAACUGUAAUACAUGAGAUUACAGUAGUUCUAAAUACACCGACGAGCCCUCAGAGAAGCAUUUGGAGAUAGAGGUGAAAUAAACAGACAGGCACGGACAGAUUGUACAAAGUUAUUUUACUUUGUAUGAACAAAAUCUUUCUCUGCCAUUGACUUUGUCUGUUAAUUUUGCCAGAAUCGGUAUAUGCAUUGUGUUCUUCUGUUCCCCCCGUUUUAUCAGACUUAAUAAGCUGAGAGGCCAGUGUUCCCCUGUCGUGAAGCAUAAUGUAAAAACUGACAGAUAAUGUAAAAACCUGACAAAUGUGCCUGGUUCAAAAUUGUAAUCAUGUCUGUAAUUGUACUAUAUAAUGCCAUUGAAGUCUAUGAAAAAAAAUAUGUUACACUACAGAUGCAUAAUGCAUUCACCUGAGGAAAAAAGCUCUGUUUAUCAUAAAUAACAAGAUUUUUAUCUCAGAAUUAUGCGAAAACUUUUCAUGGAAAAAAAAAAUUGCUCUUGAAAAAUUAGAAUUUAUGAGAUUAUUUAUCUCGUUAAUUGAGAAAAAUGAGCAGAUUUUAAUUCAUGAAAACUUUUCCUAUAAUUCAGAGAUACUAAUUCAGAAAAAUGGUAAAUAUUUUUUUCUGGAACAAAUAAGCUACCGUAAUACACCACUUAGUCGUGGAUGAUAAGAAUAUGAUGCCACAUCAUCCCAAAUUUUUAUUAAACUGGCAGGUUUAUUGUAUUUUAAGCCACUUAA